ACCAUUUUGAGAGAAGACCUAAAUAAACGGAGAGAUACCACAUUAUUGGAUGAAAGUUUUAAUAUGGUUAAGAUGUCAAAGCCAAAUUGAUUUAUAGAUUAAAUGAAACCCUAAUCAAAAUGCUUAGCCAUUUUUUUGGUAGAAUUUAACAAGCUGAUUCUAAAAUUUAUAUCUAAAUGCAAUUGGAUCUCAAAUAGUCAAAACAACUUUAAUAAAGAAUUAAAUUGGAGGAUUUAUAAUGCCUGAUUGCAAGAAUUACUCUAAAGCUACAGUAAUUAAGAUAAUGUGCUUUUGGAAUCAGUGUAUAUAUAUAUAUAUAUAUAUAUAUAUAUAUAUAUAUAGACACAUAUACGUAUGUGUGUGUGUGUAUAUAUAUAAUCUGUGGAACACAAUAGAGAGUCUAAAACUAGACACUGUAACUAUGUAACACCUAUAUGGUCACUUGAUUUUUCACAAAGCUGACAGUAAUUUGGAGACAGGAAAGUCUCUUCCACAAAUAGUUCUGGAAUAAACACAUACCUAUAUAUUUUUUAAAAUCAACUUUUAUCCCCUUAUGUCACACAAAAAUUAACUUGAAUCACAGACUUAACUGUGAGAACUAAAACUUCUAGAUGAAAACAUUGGAGGAACUUGGGUUAGGCAAAGCUCAGAUAAGAAUAACUUCUGCUCUUCCACAGAGAGACACUGUUAAGAAAACGGAAAGGCAAGCCUAAGGCAAAACAUCUGUGAUUAAGGAGUGGUGUUUAUAAUAGAUAUAUUUUUAAAAUAGUAAAUAUUGAAAAAUUGAGGAUUUUACCAAGGAAAAAAUACAAAUAGCACAUAAGCACCAAUGCUCCAAGUUACUAGUCAUUAAGGAAGUGCAAAUUGUAAUACUGCUACAACUCACUAGAAUGACUAUAGUUACAAAGACUGGCAUUGCCAAAAGUCAGCGAGAAUGUGGAGUAAGUGGAACGCUCACAUAUUGCUCAUGGGUAGGUAAAAGUCCAACCGUUUCAGAAGACAGUUUGGCAAUUUCUUAUAAACUUAAAUAUUAUACUAACCUUAUGACCCAGCAAUUCCACUCCUCAGUAUAUACCCAAGAGAAAUGAAAACAUGUCCACACAAAAAUCUACAUGAAUGUUCAUAAAAGCUUUAUUAUGGUCCCAAACUGGAAACACCUCAAAAGUUCAUCAUUGGUGAAAGGAUUAAACCGCAUCCAUACAAUGAAUGCUAAUUAGCAAUGAAAGGAACAAACUAGUAAUUCAUGCAACAACAUGGGUGAAUCUCAGAAGCAUUAUGUUAAGUGAAAGAAGACAGACACAAAAAAACAUCAUACUGUAUGAUUUCAUUUAUCUACAAUUUGAGAAAAGGCAAAAUUUAGUGACAGCAGAUGAGUUGUUGCCAGGGGCUGGUGGGAGGGACAUGAGGGAACUUUUGGGGGCUAUGGAACUGUUCUAUACCAUGAUUGUGGUGGUGGUUACAUAACUAGACAUUUGUCAAAACUCAUCCAAUCAUACACCUAAGAGUGGUUAAGUAUGUAUUUUAUAUGUCAUGAAUCUGACUAAAAGAAAAAAAUAAUAAAAAGAAUUGUGUUAAUGUAAAUUUGGGUUUAUGGGUGUUUGCUAUAAUAUUCUUUCAGAUUUGUUUUAUAUUUAAUAAUCUUCAUUUUAACAUAUUUCCAAAGAUAUGAACUUGAGAUAAAAUUCACAAGAGAAGAAUAGUCCAAAUUUUAUACUGAGUUACUUUUCACAUGUGUUCCUCUAUGUGACCUGCUUAGGUAGCAACUUUUAUCAGUGACAUAGGCCUUGCUCUGCAAAGCUCUUUGCUGGGGAGGAACCUAACCAACCUUUACAGGAGGAACCUAUUGCCACUGCUGAGGUAACAGAGGCUCAGAGAAAAUUUUGUCCAAGAUCAAACAGAGCAAGUAGUGGAGGCAAGCUUGAAUCUCACUUCUUCUGACUUAAAAUUUCACUCAUGAAACUGUGUCAAGGCACUGAACUGGAUGCUGGGAACUUAAAGAUGACUAUGCAGCAGAUCCUACCCUUAGAUCACAGAGGCUAUAAACAGGAUGUUUCUGGGUCCUGUGAUAGCCUCCAUUGUUCUGUUAUCUGUUUUCUAGAUAGUUCAUUCUUCUUUGCUUUAUUAUUGUGAUUGUGUAACUCACCUGGGAUUUGAAUUUCCUGAGAGAUUAUCUUCAUUAUCUCUGAUUCUUUGUUUUGAUUAUCAGAGUUAGCUCUUAAAGCUUCCUUAGUGUUCUUGUUCCUUAUUCAUGUUUAGAAGUUUUAACAGUCAGUGUGUUUGGCUUUCUACAAUCAAUAUUUCCUUCUAAGUCCCCUUGAAAUGCUUCCAAGAAUGGACAGCCAUCUCCUCUUCUGAAAAUAGGAAAAACUGAAAAAACUGAAGGCACCUGGGGUCAAACUGAGCAUACAAAUAGGAAGGCACUCCGCAGGGAUAAGAUUGUGAAACAUGGCUGAGGAUAAAGGCAAGAGAGAUUCCAUUGGAAUGAGUAUGAAGGGAGGCCGGACAAACAACGGGUUUGUACAAAAUGAAGACAUCUUGGAGACGGACCUGGACCCAGGCAGCCCAGAGGACAGCCCACAGCACAAUGCCGUGGACAUCUUUGGCCCUGCGGAGCCCGACUUGAAGGAUGUGCGGCCCUACGCGGGGAUGCCCAAGGAGGUACUGUUCCGGUUCUCGGGCCAGGCCCGCUACCGGGUGCCCCGGGAGAUCCUCUUCUGGCUCACCGUGGCUUCUGUGCUCGUGCUCACUGGGGCCACCAUAGGCAUCAUUGCCAUCUCUCCGAAGUGCCUGGACUGGUGGCAGGCGGGGCCCAUGUACCGGAUCUACCCGAGGUCUUUCAAGGACAGCGACAAGGAUGGGAACGGAGAUCUAAAAGGUAUUCAAGAUAAGCUAGAUUACAUCACAACUUUAAAUAUAAAAACUGUUUGGAUUACUUCAUUUUAUAAAUCAUCCCUUAAAGAUUUCCGACAUGGUGUUGAAGAUUUCCGAGAAAUCGAUCCCAUUUUCGGAACAAUGAAAAAUUUUGAGAAUCUGGUUGCAGCCAUACAUGAUAAAGGUUUAAAAUUAAUCAUCGAUUUCAUACCAAACCACACCAGUGAUAAACAUGCUUGGUUUCAAUGGAGUCGGAACCGGACAGGGAAAUAUACUGAUUAUUAUAUCUGGCAUGACUGUACCCGUGCAAAUGGCAAAACCAUACCGCCCAACAACUGGUUAAGUGUAUAUGGAAACUCCAGUUGGCACUUUGAUGAAGUACGAAACCAAUGCUAUUUUCAUCAGUUUACGAAAGAGCAACCUGAUUUAAAUUUCCGUAAUCCUGAUGUUCAAGAAGAAAUAAAAGAAAUUAUACAGUUUUGGCUCUCAAAGGGUGUCGAUGGCUUUAGCUUCGAUGCUGUUCAAUUUCUUCUAGAAGCAAAGCAUCUGAGAGACGAGGCCCAAGUGAAUAAGAACCAAAUCCCGGACACAGUCACUCACUACUCGGAGCUGUACCAUGACUUCACCACCACACAGGUGGGAAUGCACGACAUUGUCCGCAGCUUCCGGCAGACAAUGGACCAGUACAGCAGGGAGCCUGGGAGAUACAGGUUCAUGGGGACUGAAGCCCAUGGAGAGAACAUUGCCAAGACCAUGAUGUACUACGGUCUGCCUUUUAUCCAAGAAGCAGAUUUUCCCUUCAACAGUUACCUCGGUAAACUAAACAUGCCUUCUGGGAACAGUGUGUUUGAAGUUAUCACAUCCUGGAUGGAAAACAUGCCAGAAGGAAAAUGGCCUAAUUGGAUGACUGGCGGACCAGACAAUGACCGGCUGACUUCUCGUCUGGGGAAACAAUAUGUCAACAUCAUGAACAUGCUUGUGUUCACACUGCCUGGAACUCCCAUAACUUACUACGGGGAAGAAAUAGGAAUGAGAAAUAUUUUAGCCACAAAUCUCAAUGAAACCUAUGAUGUUGAUACUCUUCUCUCAAAGUCACCAAUGCAGUGGGACAAUAGCUCAAAUGCUGGUUUUUCUGAAGGCAAUCACACCUGGUUACCCACCAGUUCAGAUUACCACACUGUGAAUGUUGAUGUCCAAAAGACUCAGCCCAGAUCAGCACUGAAGUUAUAUCAAGAAUUAAGUCUGCUUCAUGCCAAUGAGCUGCUCCUCAGCAGGGGCUGGUUUUGCUACUUGAGGAAUGACAACCACUCUGUUGUGUACACAAGAGAGCUGGACGGCAUAGACAGAGUCUUCCUCAUGGUUCUGAAUUUUGGAGAAUUAUCACCGCUAAAUCUAAAGGAAAUGAUUUCAGAUAUUCCCACAAGAGUAAGGAUAAGGUUAAGUACCAAUUUUGCCUACAAAGGCCAUGAAGUUGAUACGCAUGCCGUUACACUGGACAAAGGAGAAGGACUCAUCCUUGAAUACAACACGAGGAAUCUCCUUCAUCACCAAACAGCAUUCCAAGAUAGAUGUUUUGUUUCCAACCGGGCAUGCUAUUCCAGUGUAUUGAACAUACUGUACAGCUUGUGUUAGGCACCUCUGUGAAAGAGAUGGCGACGCUGGCAUUCUGUUCUACUGUAAGCAUUUGCAGUAACUUCACGUACAGCAGCAUGCUGCUGGGUGAACUUUAUGAUCGGUAAUUCUUAGAUAUUUCUGUAGCUUGAGUGAAACUGCUUUAGGAUAGGUUCUCAAAUGUUUUUCAAGAAUAAUAAAGUGUUUAAAAG